AUGUGGAUGAGAAUAUUAUGUUUGGUACUAAUAGUGAGCGUUGUAAGCGGAGGUCAGUUUUUGUCGCACUUGUACGGAAAAAACGGCCACAAUUAUAUGCUGAUAUGUCUGAAAGCUACGGAGGGCAGGCGUGCGCGCGCUUGCCCUGGCGCUCUCCUCAACUAUGACAUGGUGGGUGUAAGCGCCGGCUGUCUGCAGCAGCACCCUCAGAAACGCAUGGUUGCGCUCCGACCAAUCUAUGGAGAACGCUGCGAAGAUGUGACCAAUGGAAACAGUAAAGUGCAGACGCGUGAUGUCUGGGAUCAUUUCUACCAUCCCUGGAUGGACUUUGCGCUGGUGGUGUUGGACCGACCUUACGACAAUCUGGACGCUUACCCUAACAACACCGCAUGGACCGUCCCACGGGCAUUCAGGAAACAUGGGCAAUGGAAAUGGAUGAAGGUGUCCAUGAAGAUUUCUACAUCGGAACGUGCCAGACACCACCAUUACAUGAAACUGAGGAGAACAAUGAUAUCUAUGCGUGCACCAUUCUUCAUAACUAUUGUAGCUAUUGUGAUUCCAAUACUGAUAUUUGUUUUAGUUUCAUUUGUUGUAUUUUAUGCCACUUCCUCUAAGGCUCCAAGCAAGAGUUUGCAGUAUAAUAAGGCUAAAGUAUAA